GCUGCUGAACAACGAGGGCUCCUUGCUUGCCUACUCAGGCUAUGGGGACACCGAUGCCAGGGUCACUGCAGCUAUUGCCAGCAAUAUCUGGGUGGCCUACGACAAGAACGGGCACCAGGCCUUCAACGAGGACAACCUCAAGUUCAUCCUCAUGGACUGCAUGGAGGGACGAGUGGCCAUCACUAGGGUAGCCAACCUGCUGCUCUGCAUGUAUGCCAAGGAGACUGUUGGAUUUGGGAUGCUGAAGGCUAAGGCACAGGCACUGGUCCAGUACCUGGAGGAGCCUCUGACACAGGUCGCUGCAUCCUGA